AUGGCUACUAAAGUGGCAUCUCUCCUCGCUAACUCUCUGGAGCUGUUUGUGGAACGUGGUCAGAACCUGCUCGAAGAAGUGCGCACGCGUCUUGAGUGGUCAUGGGGACUCGAAUAUGAAGGACUAGAAGAGCAUUUGCAACAAUUUCCGGACAACUGCGAGCUUCUGACCGAUGAGCAGUUGAUUGUCCUCCCCCAUCGGUACAACUUGUGGAAACUUUCUAUUCGUGCUUCUGCAGCUUCAAAAUCUCUGCAACGCCGGCCUCACAUAUCUCAGACGUACAAAGGCACAUCGUCCUUCAACUACUUCGUCAUACCACUUGACCCUGCCUCACCUGUCAUGCCCCGUCGUAUACAACUCACCACGCCUCCACAUAUCAUCGUCAUUUAUGCAGCCGCUAAGCUUUCUCGUGCUUACCAUGGCGAACCUAUUCGCGAUGACCCAAUCGGUCGCGAGCUGCUGGAAAGAGUCCUGCAGUUUGACGAAGAAGACCCGUUCCAAUUUGACAACUUUUCAAUUGGAGUAACCCGACAACUUUAUCGUACCUGGACCAACAGGGAUCCUGUCGCGCCCACGUUCAAGUCGGGACAGUCAGACGCCACAUUGGUAGAAGAGAGGCCCGUUAUUCACGUUCCUUCUGCAGAAAACUUGAAGUCUAAGCAACCCCCGACCGUCGAAGUUUAUCUUGAACCUGAACGACGCGUGACGGCACACGAGCUCAUGCAUGAUUUCAACGGAGAAGAAGGCAGUUCAGAUUCGGAUAUCGAGGACGACUCUGAUCCAUUAUGGGAAAUGGAUGUGGAGCAAUGGGCGAGUACUGCCUUGCAUGUCGGGGAGCGUGACGAGAAGGUUCUCAUCAAUGAAGUCCUUCCUGACGCACUAGAACGGACCAGGACAUUUGCCAGUAUUGAUUUAUCUCAACCAGCUUACCUCAAACACGGCAAGCGUCGUCGCGCUGCGGUCUAA